AUGACCAAGGAGCAGUUUCUCGAUCUCGGAUGCCCGAAUUGCCGAGACAGUCUUGGAAUGCAGGAGAAUGAAGCACGUGUGCUGGCCUGCACAACGGCAAGCUUUGCGGGAUUCUUCUCUUUAGUAAGACCCGGAUCCUUUGCGUCCCGCUUCACCGGCUUAGAGCGGAGCACGCCAGGCUGCUAUGCACUCACCGUGCAUGGCAGCUUACCCGAGCUCGACUUGGACGAGGAUGCCGACGAAUACGAGCCUGAUGACGUCGAAGGCGAAGUGGCAGAAGCGAGCCCUGUACCGCCCAAAGGUGAGGCGUCGCAGCAAAGUCCUGCAGUUGCCAGCCCGUCUUUGUCGGAAGAGGAGUUCGACAUUGACAAAUUGUUGGCUUCGCCCAUGGCUUCUCCGGCACCUACAUUGGGUCGCCAGGCCGUUUCCUCCCCCAGCCUGUUGGAGCAACAGGAGGAGGGGGCACCAAGGAAGAAGCGGCUGCGGAAGGCGAAGGUGGUGCCAUCCUCUGAUGCAUGCAGUCCAUCUGCAGAGAGCCUAGGCCACAGCAUCGAGGUGGCAGACUCUGCAAAAGACGAAUGA